AUGUUGCUUCAUGCCUGCGAAACGUUUCUGGACUUUACAAAAGAGAAUCCAGACAGUAUCAUUACGCACUUGAAAGAUAUCUUCUUCUCGGCCAUCUUCGCCAACUUUAGAGCGAAAGAAGUUCAUUCCUGGAGCAAGGAGGCGAUCAUGAGUCUGAAGCCUUAUUUCAUCAUGGCUGAGCGACAGCAAGCUGAGAUAAGAUCGUUGGAGAAGAAGAAGAUAGAGCUGGAGAAAGAACUGCAACAGUUUGAUCGCAAGAAGUCCUUCAGAACCCUCGGCAUGCAGACUGAGGACUUCGACUCCGCCAUGAAGGAACAACACCUGGAGAAAGUUCGGCAGCUGAGCUCUCAAGUGGCGAGGAUGGAAACUGAAAGAUAUGCGGACAAGCUGGAAGUGGAGGAGAAGCUGAAAAUCAAGGACAGGAAGAUAGCCGAGCUGAUGAAUCAGAUGUCGCGAGUUGAGACCUCUGAAGACAAACUGACUCAAAGAUGCGAAGACUUGUCCAUGACGUGCGAGGAUCUUAAGAACAACGUGAAGAAGCUAAAGGAGGAGAAGGAGAAGUUGAGAGACCUGGUGAGAGACUCCGAGGCUGAGCGACUUGCUCUCAAGCUCUCCUCCGAACACCAAAUUAAGAGCCUUCAAACAAGUCUGGAAAGCGAGAGGAGGAGGCAUAGCGACGAGAGAACAACGUGGCUCGAUUCCUUCGUGUCAGAGAGGUACGACCUGCUCAACGCGAUAGAGACGACGAGGCGGCAGCAGCAGCCGGCGAUGCGAAGCGACGGAGAGAAAGGAGGUCACCAAGAGAAUGAGAUCCCUGAAGCCGACAAAUCACAACUGUGA